AAAACAUGGUAAUGAGUAUCCAUGUACCUUCUCAACCACAUGUGUUUUUUUGUGUUUUGCUCACCAUCACUUCCGCCAUGAACUUGCCUGAAACUGAUAACGUCUUGCCACACUCAUCAUCGCCUUUGGAACAAGAUAUUCUGAUAAAGAAUAUCCUUCUUACCCAUGACCCUAAUGGCUGUUUUCUUGAUUCAGAGCUAUUGCUUUGUGCUAUGGAGAAUAUCAUGUGUCAUACUACAUCAGAAAUAAGAGUUCCUGGUCUAUAUUUUGAUGCAAUGGCAAGGAAAAUUGUACGCGACAUUGAAGUAGUUGGAUCACAAGAGCCGCUGGGAUUGAUCAUCCAUAAAAUCUCACGUGAGAUACUCUGCAAAUGCUCUGUGGAAGGGGAUUCACAUACAAGAACAAUGGUCCUGUUCGAUAUGCUGAGGAAUUAUAGAUGGGAUGCAAAAGUGGUUCUAGUACUAGCAGCCUUUGCAACAUGCUAUGGUCAAUUAUGGCUGUUAAUGCAGCCAUGCCCUGUCAAUCCCCUGGCAAUAUCAAUUGCAAUGCUUAAGCAGCUGCCUAGCAACUUCAGUGCAUUGAGGCCGCGAUUCAAGGCCUUGAACUUGCUGGCUAAGGCAAUGGCUGAUGUGGCCAAGUGUAUAAUCAAGUUUGAAAGCCUUCCAAUCAAAGAUGUAAAGCUGGAUAAGGAGACAAUGACUGUUACCAAGUCACAGAUUUAUUUAUCUGCUUACUGGGUCAUUAAAAGCACCUUGACAUGCUCCUCUCAAAUCAGAGACUUGACAGCCAUGAAACUUGAGCAAGUGCAUGUUCUUUCCCUUCAAUCAGCCCACAGAUAUGCUGAUCUCUGUUGUUUCUUUCAUUUUAGAUUUCAGAUCAUCCAUAGAUCAAACUUAGCAUGCCAUAAGCCUUUAAUGUUCUCUGAAUUCCAUUUCAGGCAUUCAAGUUCUAUAACCGUUGCAGCAUGGGAGCUCUUAAGCUUGGUGUAUAAGUUGGGCAGAAUAUGCAGUCAGCUCAGAUGGCAGGUGGAUGUGUGUCAUCAACAGAUAGAGACAAAGUUGCAUCAAAAGCUCUUGGAUCUCUCUGAGGAGACCCAGGUCGACAAUCAAGAGGUGCUUCACAUGUUGUUUGCUUUAAGGGAUGACACACCACUGAUAGAUUGCUCCUCUCAAAAGAAGCUUGGGGUCUCUGAACUGAAAAACAAGGUAGUCAUAUGCAUUGUCUCAAAGCCAGAACCCCUCCCUAUUGAGGAAUUACUCUUCCUGGUUCAGCAGACAUAUGAUCAUCCCCACCACAAUAAGUUAGAGAGAAGCUAUGAAAUUGUGUGGGUUCCCAUUCCAUCUUCUGAUACAUGGACUGAGGCAGAAGAGAGAAGCUUUGACUUUUUAUGUUACUCUUUGCCAUGGUACUCAGUUCGGCAACCAUGGCUGCUUUGCUCUGAAGUGGUGACUUUUAUAAAGCAAAAAUGGAACUUCAAAGAUGAGCCCAUAAUGGUAGUUUUGGAUUCACAAGGGGAAGUUACAAACUCAAAUGCAAUAGAUAUGGCACUGAUUUGGGGUGACAGGGCAUAUCCCUUUUCAGCUUCGGUAGAAAAGAAGCUUUGGGAAGAGGAGAAAUGGAACCUGCAAUUUAUGAUUGAUGAAAUCGAUUCCCUACUGACCAAGUUGGUACAUGAAGGCAGAAAUCUAUGCAUUUAUGGAAGCCAAAACCUGGACUGGAUCAGGGAAUUCAACUCUAAGAUGAAAGAGAUAACAAAUGCAGGCUUGCAGCUGGAGAUGGCCUAUGUUGGGAAGAGAAAUCCAAGUGAGCAUGAAAGGAACAUACUAGCCACCAUUGAUUUGGAAAAGCUGAGUGGUUCCCUCUCCUUCACAAAGAUACAUCUCUUCUGGCGUCGGUUGGAGAGUAUGAGAAGAUCAGUACUCCGACUUGGAAAGACGGCAAACACCGAUCAUAUUCUAGGAGAGGUGGCAGCAUUGCUAGACAUGGAUGAUGAGAAUGGCCAGGGUUGGGCAGUGAUGGGGUCAGGGUCUUCAAUGGAGAUUGUAAGGCUUCAUGGGGCAAGGCUCAUGGACUGCUUAAACCUUUUCUCAGUAUGGGGUAAAAAUGUGGGAAAGCUGGGACUAGUAGGUGCAGUCAAGUCUGCCGUUGAGCCUCCUGCUCUUCCAGGGCAUCGCUGUCAGUCCAGAGUCAGGCCAUUUGCUGAAGGCUUAAUAGACGAAACGGAAGUUUGUAAUGAGUGUAAGCGCCCCAUGGAGAAGUUUGUGCUUUACAAAUGCGAUACAAGAGAGUAGAAGAUUCCAACCUCACAUCUAUUGACUUCUUAAAGCACUUGAUGAACUAGUGAUAACAACUUUUGUUUUUUGGUGAGUUCUCUUGUAUCUCAACUUUCCACAUUUUAAGCAUUUGAUGAGCUGAUGAAAAUGGUCGUUCUUCCGGCAUGUGAUCUACUUGUAUUCACUUCUUUUUUACUGGCUUCUAAGUGAUGUCUAAGCCAAAUCAUGUUAGCUUUUUU